AGGUAUGUCGUGUUUGGGCUCGUAGUGUUUCUUGUGAUGAGUACUUCCCACCGGACUGACUGAACUGACAUGAUGAUGGACUUCGGAGACUGCUACUAGCUGGAACCCUUCUUGCUUUUUGACAUUUUCUUUACUAAUAUUUUUUUUUUUGUUUAAGAUGGGAUGGUAUAAGAAGUUUGGAGUAACUCGAAAAAUGAUUAAUGCAAAUAGACGUAAUGCGCAAAUACGUAGAACGGUCAUAAUCGCGAGUAACCAAAAAAACACCCAGUCUGAUGAAAUAGAUAUUCAGGAACAACUUUGUUUAUCUGGAGACACUAACAAUUUCGACGAAAAAGAGAACAACCAAGAAACAAAUAAAAUAAAACCUCCGGAUGAACCUUGUUCAUCUAAAGUUAGCUAUGAAAUAUCUUAUGAUCUCAACGAAAAAGAGAUAAGGUCUUUUCAUAUUCAAGGGAGAAGAGUUGUAGAAAUAGAAUACUUCUUCAAACAGUUGCAAGAUAUUGGGAGCCACAGUUCAAUGUUUGAUUGUAACUUAAGUUAUAUUAAAAUUGUAAAUGAAGAAAAGGCUGGACUGAACUCCACGUUUAACAUGAUAUGUCAAAUGUAUGGUGCAAAGUUUCAAGUAAAGUCAUCCAAAGCUUCUGAAAGUAAAAUGGACAUAAAUGAAGAAGUUGUGGCUGGUAUAAUGUCUACGGGUGCAGGAUAUACACAAUUAAAUACUGUUCUAUGUCAUACCAAUAUUCCACCUAUGUCUUUACGACGAUAUCAAUCGACACAUGACAAAAUGUGUCAGUGGUGGGAAAAAACAGCACCCUGA